GCCGGGACAGCGCGCGCGGGGCCGGAGAGGGCGCACGGCGAAGGCGGGCAGCCGACCGAGGAGCGCCCGGGAGCGGACUUGGACACCCCCCUCGAAGGGAAGACAUGAGGUAGCGGCGGUCCCCGGAGUGGACGAUGCGCGCGCCCCGCCCUCGGAGCCCAGCACAGCCCUGGCGGAGCGGGCCGGGACGGUGAGCCGGCGAGCGCGAGUUCCCGGCGGGCGUGCGGGCGUGCGGCGGGAGCCGAGGAAGAUGCGGUGAGCCGCAGCGGCGCUGCGCGGGGGCCCGCCCGACCCAUCGCCGGACUGUACCUGGGGGUGGGGGGCAAGCUGCCGACUCGGGGACCCGGCCCAGCCGAGGGGCUCACGGUUUGGGGCACCCCUUGGCGGGGGAGUGGGGAGCUCUUGGACUCACUGCUAAGAGUUCCCGCGGCUGCUGGCCUCCGGGCCUGGGGGUUGUGAGUGUGCGACAACCCCCCCCCCCAGCCCGUUUUCACGAUCGGCCGAAGAGUUCUGCAUAUUCUCGCCCCAUUCUGGAUGCUUCUGCCGCGACCCUUCUAUUUAUUUGCCCGCGCCCAUCUAGCUUUUUCCUAAGACAUUUUCCCGAUCCGCUCUCCUUCCCUCUGUUGAGCGGCUUGCCUGAGACUUUUGCUCUGGUCCUUGCCCAGACUGGGGUGGUCGUGCGUGCGUGUGCGCGGGCGCGCCAGCUUUCCCCCGUCACUCGCCUUUGCACACUCAAAGCUGUGUUUUUAUUUUUUAAAUUAUACAUAUAUAUAUAUAUUCCUCCCUCUGCGGGAUUCCCCAACACCACCCGCCCUCCUCUGCACCCAUCCGCUCACUGUCCCUACUACUGGGCAGCUCACAGCAAGAGUCUUAUUUUUCGGUCCUGCCCGGGCCCAGCCCAGCCUUGGGUGGGUGGCUCAGCGGGGCUCGCACUCGGCGCCCGGCCGCCGCCGCCGCCCAGCUCCGCCGGGGCGCCCUCCGGAGAUGCUGCCGUGGAAGAAGCACAAGUUUGAGCUGCUGGCCGAGGCGCCGCCGCCGCCGCGGCAGGCGUCCAAACCCAAAGGCUACGCCGUGAGCCUGCACUACUCCGCGCUCAGCUCGUUGGCGCGGGCUUGCCCCGAAGGCGCGCUCAGCCGGGUGGGCAGCAUGUUCCGCUCCAAGCGCAAGAAGCUGCACAUCACCAGCGAGGACCCCACGUACACCGUGCUCUACCUGGGCAACGCCACCACCAUCCAGGCGCGCGGCGACGGCUGCACUGACCUAGCCGUGGGCAAGAUCUGGAGCAAGAGCGAGGCGGGCCGUCAAGGCACCAAGAUGAAGCUGACGGUGAGUGCGCAAGGGAUCCGCAUGGUGCACGCCGAGGAGCGCGCGCUGCGCCGCCCGGGCCACCUCUACCUGCUGCACCGCGUCACCUACUGCGUGGCAGACGCGCGGCUGCCCAAGGUCUUCGCCUGGGUGUACCGGCACGAGCUCAAGCACAAGGCGGUCAUGUUGCGCUGCCACGCCGUGCUGGUGUCCAAACCCGAGAAGGCCCAGGCCAUGGCCCUGCUGCUCUACCAGACGUCGGCCAACGCUCUGGCGGAAUUUAAACGCCUCAAGCGGCGGGACGACGCGAGGCACCAGCAGCAGGAGCUGGUGGGCGCGCACACCAUCCCGCUCGUGCCUCUGCGGAAGCUGCUCCUGCACGGCCCCUGCUGCUACAAGCCCCCGGUGGAGCGCAGCCGCAGCGCGCCCAAGCUGGGCUCCAUCACCGAGGACCUGCUCGGCGAAGAGCAGGAGCUGCGGGAGGAAGAGGAAGAGGAGCACCCCGAGGGCUGCCUGGACGAGGAGAAGGAGGAGGAGGACCCGGAGCGAGUGGGGGAGGGGGACCCAGCGGAGGAGGCCGAGGAGCAGGGGCCGCUGGUGGUGGCCACGCACACCGAAUGUGGGGACUUGCUGGACACGCUGGACAAUGGCUGUGAGGAGGAGGCGCUGGGCGAUGGCGAGGACCUACUGGGUCCGAGGGCCGGAAUGCUGCCCUCAGCACUGCCCGGCAGCGCCUCCAACAUGAAGGCCCAGCUGUCGCAGCUUAUUAGCGACCUGGGCGAGCUCAGCUUUGGCAACGACGUGCGCACCCUGCAGGCGGACUUGCGGGUGACACGGCUGCUGUCGGGAGAGAGCACGGGCAGCGAGAGCUCCAUCGAGGGCGGGGGCCCAGAUGCCACCCCGGCCACUGUCACCGCCGGAGACCGGUCUGGCCCCACUGAUAGUGCCAGCCUGGAUGAGCCCCACUUGGGUUGAGUUUCCAUCGGACCCUCCAUACACUCCUGGUACCCCGCAGUGGUUCCCCAACCGUGGUCAGGUCCCCCCUGCUUGCCCCAUCCCCACCCCCAGUCUAGGAAAGGGGAAGUGGGGCACGUGAGGUCUCCACUUGGGACGUCUCCGCUUGGGACGCAGGUCUUGAGUUCCUCAUGGCCCCUUUCCCCAUCACUACCCCUCCUCCUCGUCCCAAGGCUGAGGCAGCUCGGGUUGCCCCGCAGGGAUGCAGUGAGGAAGGAAAUCCCAUAAUGGAGGGAGGGCAGCCCUCUGGGAUGGGGGUGAGGUGAAAAGUUGGAAACGUCCACCAGCCAGCUUGAGGGGCCUGAGGCCAGUUUCCUGUUUGUGAAGCAGCUGGGACCCUAGGAGGAAGGGUCAACUUCCCUCUGCCACCCCCUCACUGGAAGGCCUGCCCUGUCAUUGACUGCUCAGCAAAAAUCACAAUGUCUGAGGCUUAAAACCACCCCUGACCCCCAGGGGUUUUGUUUUUGUUUUUGGUGCAAGAGAGCUUGGACUGUUUACCUCAGUCUCAGACUCUUAAAAUUCUGCCAAAUUCCUCAAUAAAUAACCAUUUUUGGGGGGGUGGGGGGGAUAAGAAAGAAUUGCAUUUUGUUUACAGUUUAAGACAUCUAAUAUCUAAGAAGGAGUUUUCUUUUAGAAAUACACACCUUCCUCCUGUCCCAAAGAUCUCACUCCAUGAUGCUGUGUAAAAUAUUUUUGCACUGUUGUGAAGUAUUUUUUGACAUCUUUUUUUUGUAUAUAACUGUGUUCUCAGACCUGAAUGUUUAUAUAUCUUUUGCUGUGCAAAAGAAUAUGUAAAAUGUUGUUCAGUUGUAUAUACAGAAAUGUGUAUAAAACAUUUUGUUAUUUUUUGA